AUGAAGUUCAACGCUCUCGCCCUGCUCGUCGGCCUCGUCGCCGCCUCUCCGCUGGAGACGCGCGAGGAGCUGAUCAAGCGCCAAGCCAACCAGGCCUGCAACAUCGGCUACUGCACGCAGAACGGCGGAACCCGCGGAGGCGCAGGCGGCAGCACCGUGACCGUCAAGACCCUGUCGGCGCUGACCGAGGCGGCGGGCCGGUCUGGACCCCUGACCAUCAUCGUGUCGGGCAACAUCCAGGGCAGCGCCAAGGUCCGCGUCACGGCCGACAAGACCAUCUACGGCGAGCGCGGCAGCUCUCUGACCGGCAUCGGUCUGUACAUCCGCCAGGCCAAGAACGUCAUCGUCCGCAACAUGAAGAUCUCGGGCGUCAAGGCCAGCAACGGCGACGCCAUCGGCAUCGACGCCUCCACCAACGUCUGGGUCGACCACUGCGACCUCAAGGGAGACCUCAACGCCGGCAAGGAUGACUUGGAUGGUCUGUUGGACAUUUCGCACGGUGCCGACUUUAUCACCGUGUCGCACGUCUACUUUCAUGACGCCUGGAAGGCCUCGCUCAUCGGCCACUCGGACAACAACGCCAGCGAGGACCGCGGCAAGCUGCGCGUGACGUAUGCCAACAACCACUGGCAGCGCAUCAACUCGCGCACGCCCCUGCUCCGCUUCGGCACCCUGCACGUGGUCAACAGCUACUACGACACCGUCAUGGCCAGCGGCAUCAACACCCGCAUGGGCGCCCAGGCCUUUGUGCAGAGCACUGCCUUCAACAACUGCGCCAACAAGGCCAUCCUCUUUGAGGACUCGCCCCAGACCGGCUACGCCGUCACCGAGGACGUCAGCCUCGGCGGCAGCUCCAACACGGCCCCGAAGGGCACCCUGAGCGCCGGCAGCUUCCCCUACUCCAAGAUCGCCACCAUCGGUUCCGGAAACGUCAAGAACCAGGUCCCCGGCCAGGCUGGUCAGAUAUUGUAG